AUGGAUCCUAUGCAUGUGGAAGCCUUUGAUAGCCAUUUAGUUGGAUAUUGCCAUGUUCCAAUCAGCAUGCGACAACCAAACAUGCAUUCUAAAUGCGAUGCUUGCAGAUAUGGCCGUGUGAAACCAGAUGUUGCCGCAUAUGGCAGGGAUAUCAUGGGCUCUAAGAUCAGCACAGGUUGCAAAAGCCUCUCAGGCACCAGUGUUGCAAGGCCAGUGGUUGCGGGGGUUGUAUGUCUGCUUACUAGCAUCAUCUCCGAAGGCACCCGGAAAGAUGUUCUAUAUCUUGCAAGUAUGAAGCAAGCACUGGUUGAGGGAGCUGCCAAGCUUUCUGGACCCAACAUGUAUGAGCAGGGUGCAGGCAGACUUGACCUCUUAGAGUCAUAUGAAAUUCUGAAAAGCUACCAGCCUAGAGCCAGUAUUUUCCCCAGUAUUCUUGACUACACAGACUGCCCUUAUUCCUGGCCUUUCUGUCGCCAGCCACUCUAUGCUGGUGCCAUCAAGAGCAUUUCCAAGAAGCCAGUGCUGGUUCGUCAGGUGUAAGGGAUAAG